AUGUGGCCCAUUUUAUUUCAGAAAGGCUCCCUUCAGCUAUUAAUUUGCUUACAURUACAUCCUUAUUUAUCAGCCAUAGGGGAGCUUUCUYCAGAUGCAGAGGCUGCAGGUCCUGGGGUCAAGCUGGAGAGGUCUGAAGGAGAGGAGGACCCACAGCACAGCAGAGACAUCCAGACUGGAGCAGUGGCUGYAGUGGCAUCCCCUGUAGCCACCGAGGACCUCGCCACCGGUGCAGCGCCUCAGACCAGGACCGGACGCAGCAUCACGGAGGAGGAGGAGGGUCCAGAGGUGCUGCUGGUGAAGGAGGAGGGGUGUGAGGAGGGUCUGGGGAACCCUGAGGGGACCAUGGGGAACCCUGAGGGGACCAUGGUCAUGGAGGACAACCAGACUACACCUCCUCCUGAACCCKCAGAGGAACCAGCUGAGCAGCACAGGACCACACACAGUCUCACGGAGUCAGUAGACAUGGAGGAUGGGAAGCCMYAUCUGCUGAUGGUCAAAGAGGAGACAAUAGAAGAUGGACCAAAGAGCAUUAAUCUGCUUAGUGGACUAAAGAUGGGGGAGCAAGGUGGUUGGCUGGAGGCUAACAGAGGAGACUGGGGAGACGUCAUGGAUUCCCAGACCCAGACUGGUGCAGCCAAGGGCCCAGGGGACAACAUCACUGAGCAGGCCAGGACCAGAGGUGACAUAGUGAAGGUCAGUGGAUGGGACAGCGUKCUCAACUCUGGGCUGGGGAACAACACUGUUAAACACAACCAGAAACAGACAGUCGAACACAAAACAACAUCUGAAUUUAGUAUCCAUGACAACAGUCUGGCUGAGACCAGGGCGAGGCGUAGAUUUGGUCUGCGGGGACAGGGAGGUGACCGUAUGCGGCUGGAGAGAAUAGACACAGACUCGGCUAGUGAUGCUCCGUCCUGCUCCUAUAGUUCUUAUUCAGAGAGACUGAUGGCGCCUCAGYUUAACACCCUAACAGGUGCUGCCUUAAGCCUGCCUUCUAUAGGAUCUAUCAACUGGAACAUGGACCCUGUGACAACACAGACACUCCCUGGCCUUCAUCCUCCCCACACUCCUCUAAUGUUAAACCAGACCACAGACAAUGCCAGUGCCUCAACACUAAAUGGCUACACAAGCCCAUUGACACGUGACAGUAGUAGAGACGGAAUCAGUAAAGGUGGCAGCGCCAAAGAGAAGCGCUUCAUGUGUUCGUUCUGUGGGAAAGCCUUCAGUUUCCCCAAUCAGGUGAAGAUCCACCAGAGGAUGCACACGGGGGAGAAACCGUUCAGCUGCCACUUGUGCCGGGACAGCUUCUCCCAUUUGUCUAGCCUGAAGAGGCACCAGAGAGUCCACACAGGAGAGAAACCAUACAGCUGCCCCCAGUGUCAGAAACGGUUCUCCCACCAGCACCGCUUGAAGAUACACCUGAAGAUCCACACAGGAGAGGGYCCGUUCGCCUGUACACACUGCGGGAAGAGGUUCUCAGAGAGGAGCUACCUCAGGAUACACCAGCAGAAAAUGCACACMACCCAUGUAUAGAGUAUUGUAACAUGUAAUGUAGUACUAGCUAGUUUGUUUGUAGUUAAUUAUUUUGGUUGUGGAUGUAUAAGGAGCUGGGUGAGGUGAACUGAGGAAAGAAUGAGUAUGAUGAGGCAGAGUAGAUGAUAUGGUGSUGGUUGGUGUGAUGGUGGUGUCUGUAAAAAUGCUUCACUGAUGAAAAGGGACAACCUUGUCCCUUUAGGUUGAUAUUGGUAUUUUAUAGUGAAAUAAUGAUAGUGCCUUAAUUCAUGUUUACUUGUCAUGAAGUAGUAAAGAUGUGUGUAAUGUGAUGUUGAACCUUUUCCAAAGUCUUCUAAAAUGUAUUUGAUCAAAGCGAGUCUACCAGAUUUACGAAAAGGUCAUGAGAAGUUAUUCUACUUGUCACGUAUCGUUUUGCGUAAUAAAAGUACUGUACUUUAUGUUUGGUGAGUGUAUGCCCAUGUUGUUGAAAUGAAAUACAAAACUGACUCUA